UGUGCCGAGCAGUUCUGUUCGGACGAUCCAUUAUACGAAUGUGAAGAUGCACAAAGCAGUAUGCCUUUCUUCGGAUCCGUAAUAAUGUUUCUUGGAUUUUUCAUCAUAAUCAGUAACUGUUUGUUACCGUAUCUCGUCUACCGUGAACCUAAUUUAAGAGUAACUCAUAAUUGGAUAAAAGUUUCACUUGCAUUUGCCGAUAUGCUGAACGGAAUAGUGUUGGUUUGUUCAGUUCUGCCGAACAUAUUGUGGUUUCGUAAUCUGCCAGAGAGAGAAGUUGCCUCAGAAAUUGCAAAGGAAACGAACUCGGUCACUGCAGUUUUUCUUGGAUCUUUAUUGAUUGUAUCAAAUCAGGGAUCUCUUCUCCACCUCACGUUCCUAACUACGGAAAGACUUGUUGCAAUAAAUUGGCCAAUGAAUCACAAAGCAUUGGAACAAACAAUUAUAUAUCACGGAAUAGCUGUCGUGUGGAUUCUUUCAAUAUUUUGUUCAUUCACACCAGCAAUAUUUCCUGAUCAUUUUGAAUAUUCCUUGGCACCGGUUGCGUUUGUAAACAUGUUGACUACAAAAAAUUUACCCGAUGGAUCUAUGGGAUAUCAUGGCGCGUUAUAUGGUGUCGUGACAAUUUUAUUGCCUUACUCAAUUAUGCUAUUGACAUCAAUUACAACAGGAUUUAUUGUUUGGAAGAAGUUGCGGAAUUCACCUAGAACAUGUCGAGUUCCGAAAGAGCAAGAUCAUGCUACAAGAGGAUCUUUAGAGAGUAUCGUUGAUUACCUACGACAGGUGCCAGAAUUACAUCCCGAAAUAAAAGUGUUCAAAACUCUUAUCAUUAUGAUAGUGGCUUUCAGUGUCACAUUGUUACCUGUAUCCGUCAUUUUGAUUCUCUACAACUUGAAGAAAUACUACAACUGCGAUAACUAUUCGCUUCCGUACACCUUAGCGUUUUAUAUAGGCAUUUCGAACAGUUUUUUGAAUGUGAUUAUAUACACCGUUCGUGACAAGAGUUUCAGAAAAGCUUGCAGGAAUGAGUUUCCAAGAAUUUUCAGAAAAAAGAAAAACAAUGAAAACAUGCGCAGAAAAAUUGAAAUCAAUUCUACAAGCUCAAAUGUAUUAUGAAGCAUUUCCUCGGAAGAACCAUGAAUACAUUCAUCACUGAUGAUAUAAAUGCAUGGAAAAGACAGCAAAUGAUGUGACUAUAGUAUCGUUAAUGCCGAUCCCGGAAUCUGUUAUAAUAUCUACAAGUAGGCCUACAACAACUGCAUCAAGGAUGUAUUUUACGUAACUUUGAUGAUGAGUAUGUCUCCAACUAUUGCUUUUACAUAAAACAUAAUUACCCAAACAUAACAAUUCCGUUAAUAAUGCCACAAAAUGACAACGAGUACAACAACUUGUAUCUUCAAUCCAGUUUUUCAUAAAUAUACAGUAGUUAAAUAACAUGACAGCGAAUGAAAACAUUACUUCAUUGAGUUUUAAAACGAUCUUAGUAAACGGUAUUCUGCCAACCAUUCAUUCAACUUUGUGGAUAUCCAAUUUAUGUAAAAGUGUUUACUCAGUUAUUUCUUUGUUAGAAUUGACAAAUAAAGUUUCUGAUUCUGAUGAGUUUUUUAUUUGGUUAUUUAAAUUUUCGUGAAGAAGUACAAUUACAAAUUUUAAUUUGUUGAUGGUUUAUGAACUAUUUGUUUUAUUAUAAUGUGAACCCACAAUGUACUAUUAUUUGAAAGUUUUUCUUCUUUCCUUCAUUAUGAGACUAAAUAAAAAAAUAGACACAACAAAAUAUUCUGUAAAUUUCUGAAUAUUUUAUUGCUGACAGUAUUAUUAUUUUACAAAUUCGUUUGACGAUAAAAAAAAAAUUACAAAUAGGAAUCAUAGUUAUUACAUUUCUAUUCUGCAAGAAUGCUUCCUGUACUUGGUCAAUCAUGCCUUGAAUAUCCAUAAUGUUAUGAAAGGUUAAGCACAAAAUUAGUUCAAAAAUAAACUGAAAUAUAAAGUGAGCAAUAUGGAGAAAAAAAGUCUGAGUAUGGAAAAGAUGAAUAAUAGUGAAUAGCAAUGGAAAAAUAGGGUAAAUAAUAAUAAGAAAGAAAAGUUAUACCAGUACAUUUGAAUAAACCAUUCAAAACUGUUUCUAAAUUAGGUACAAUAUUUAUCAUAAAAUAAUAAUUUUCUAAAAUGAAAUGAAAACCACACUUAUGUCCAUAAAUGAAAAUGUAAAGAUAUUUUGAAAUUUAAAACAACAUCAUUUUACAUUCCAUGGAUACAUAUUCCUUAUCAACUCGUAUUUCUUGAAACCGAAAAUUCAUAUAUUCUGGGUAUGCAUUUGAUUAAAUAUCGAUAAACCAUUAAGUUUGUUUGACAAAGUGGAAACUUCAAUAUUUAAUCUAAAAAACAAUUUUAAACUUUUUAUAUCGUCUCGAAGUAAUCAAUAUUCAUAUUUCUUACUACAUACGUGAUAAUGUUGAAAUUAUAUUUGACAACAUACAAGAAGUUCAUACAUGUAUCAACUUCAAUCCUAUAUCAAUGCCCAUGACGCCCUAAUAAAAAAGCAGUUUUAUCGUCACAAGUUGCAACGUUGAUAACCUUAACAGGAUGUAGUAUUGCUCUAUCUUCGUGUGUAGCAAAUUGUCUUUCUGAUCCCAUGGGAGCAAUAUUCAACUUUUUUUUUAUCAUAUAUUAUUUUCUAUUUAGUACAUUCGUCAGAUUCUGAAUAUAAGUUUUAACUGGCAAAAUGGAAUAACAGAAAACAUUGUGUGAUA